AUGGAUGUUCAGCACAUCUCUAGAGAAUGCUCUUCCUCAGAAUCAUCUCUUACAUUGUUGGCAAGCCAACAAGAGAUAAGUUUUUUUCAACCUGAUUUCCUUGCUGGCACGAACAGCAGACUUAUUAGCACUGGGCACAACAAUAGUACGACCAACGUGGAGGAACGGAGCUGUUCGCAACCUCCACAUCCUUUGUGGACCUUGCCACAGAAAAGAUCAAAUCAGAGUCUAACCGCCGGAAGGGUUGGAGACCCGGACGAACCCCAUCCACGAGAAUUUUCUGGUAUCUUCUCAGCGAAACGGUUGAAAGGCCCGAUUACACCUCCGUUACCCAGCCCUCUGUCCUCAUGUAACAAUUUGGUCACGACUGGCUUGUCACAGCCAUUGCUAGAUCUUUCGGAGGCAAAGGCAGUGUCGCCGAAGCGAGCGGGUCCUGCAGAAGCUACUGAGGAUCAACUUGAUUUUGACCGUCUAAAGCCUCUGCGAUCACCUUUUGAAUUUAGAGAGCUCGUUGCCAGUCAAGUUGACCGAUAUGCGAAAGAUGGCAUCCAACGCUUCGAUCUCAAUAGACCAAUGCGUAGCGAGAACUCAUCCGGGUAUAUCUACUAUGCGCCCACGAACCCUUCUGACAAGACCGAUCAAACAUUACAUGCACAUCGCAGGGUUCCACGCCGACAGCUAUCCUAUGGUGACCCACGAAGCAGACCAGGGUCAAGGCCCCUCCAUAGGACUACGGGAUCAUGGGAGCUUAGACAUGAAGCUGAACGGCACGCAGAGGACUUAGAUCUUAGUUUUAGGUCAGACAGCACGUCGAAUGUUUCUGCUGCUAGGCCUUACCAUUCUGAGCCCAUAAAGAGCAAACCUAGACUCUGGCUUGAUUUGUCAGAACAGGACAAGAUUCAAGAAGCAGUGAGUAUCCUAAAGCUGCAAGAAACGCAGAAAACAGUUACCGAAGUCCAUGUUAAUGAUUUGAAGCACGCAAUCACAAUCAGAACAAGCCCAUCAAAGCCUCAGGUGAUCAGUACACCACGUCGCCGCGUUGCGAUUAAUACUUUCCAAACAUCGACGUCGGUCUGCCCUGAUCGAGGCUUCUCGAUUGCUUACCCACAUACACCACCUCCGACCCCAGCAUCAGUGGUUGGGCUUGGCAUAGAGUCCGUCUUAAACGGAAAAUAUGACGAGGCAUAUGAAAGGAUCAAGGCUAAACAGACCUGGACUCAGACACCCCCAAGCUCGAACCCAUCGUCAACAGAUAAUGUAAGACGCGUUCCAUUAGAGAGAACCCGUCCGGUCAGAGCAGACACCCCCAGGCCUACGGCACCUGUUCAACUUCAGCCGAGCGAAUUCACCUAUCGGAUCAUAACGGAGCUCGAAGCCUCGGUUGCUAGCAUUCCACAGCCCGGUGAUAUUCCAGAUAUGUCUCCCAGCCGGGCAACGUAG